ACGGCCCCAACCACAACAACUACGGCCCCAACCACAACAACUACGACCCCAACCACAACAACUACAGCCACAACCACCACAACUACAGCCCCAACUACCACAACUACAGCACCAACCACAACAACUACAGCCCCAACUACCACAACUACAGCCCCAACUACCACAACUACAGCCCCAACCACAACAACAACAGCCCCAACCACCACAACUACAGCCCCAACCACCACAACUACAGCCCCAACUACCACAACUACAGCCCCAACCACCACAACUACAGCCCCAACUACCACAACUACAGCCCCAAGCAUCACAACGACAGCGCCAACCACAACAACUACAGCACCAACCACAACAACUACAGCCCCAACUACCACAACUGCAGCCCCAACAACAACAACCAUAGCAACAACCACCGCAACUACAGCACCAACCACCACAACUACAGCCCCAACUACCACAACUACAUCCCCAACUACCACAACUUCAGCCCCAAGCACCACAACGACAGCGCCAACCACAACAACUACAGCACCAACCACAACAACUACAUCCCCAACUACCACAACUACAUCCCCAACUACCACAACUACAGCACCAAGCACCACAACGACAGCGCCUACCACAACAACUCCAGCGCCAACCACAACAACUACAGCACUAACCACAACAACUACAACCCCAACCACCACAACUACAGCACCAACCAUAACAACUACAUCCCCAACUACCACAACUACAACCCCCACAACUACACCCCAAGCACCCCCCAACUACCACAACAGCAGCCCCAAGCAUCACAACUGCAGCACCAACCACAACAACUACAGUCCCAAUUACCACAACCACAGCGCCAACCACACCAACUACAGCACCAACUACCACAACUCCAGCCCCAACUACCACAACUGCUGCCUCAAGCAUCAUUACUGUAGCCCCAACCACAACAACUACAGCACCAACCACAUUAACUACAACACCAACCACAACAACUACAGCACCAACCACAUUAACUACAACACCAACCACAACAACUACAACCCCACCUAUAACUACACCUUCUACAAAUGCCCCAACUGA